GCGGUAGUGGUGUGCGUUCUGUGUGGUUUAAUCAUUUAGUUAUACGUGACCGCGUUUCAAACAUCAGAAAUGGCUUCAGGCUCUCGACAUGAAAGUAAGUCAUCGUUGUUCGGUCGACCGAAAAAGAAUGCAUGAUCGCUUGUGUUCAACAGUUUUGAAAUUCCAACGCUGGGAGCUUUUAUGACUGUAUUGUAUCUGUAAACGGAUGCGUAACCUGUUGUGUACAGGGUAAGGAGAUGACGUCACUGUCAGUACUGAGUCCCUCGCACUGGAGACGCUGUUAGUGGAUCUGUACAAAACUAAGAUGGCCGUGCAUGUAUUCCUCUUCAUCGUCUGUGUGUUGCCGGUGAUGGUUCUGGGUCACCAAGAUGGAGCUGGUGCCCAAGCUUGCCUGGAUCUCAAGCCUCGUCACGACACAACCACCGCAAACACAUCACCACAUCCUUACAACCUCACAGUGGAUACCACAUCCAUCAAACAAGGCGGGAUGGUUACAGUUACUCUGAACACAACUGCCGCCAACGCCACCUUCAAAGGUUUCCUGGUCCAAGCCCGCUGUACCAAGUGUACCACCGCCGACACUGCCAUAGUGCCAGGGACAUUUGCCAAGUAUAACGCCGCGGAUGAUACUAAAACCAUGGACUGUGCAAAUGUUGCCAAGAAUUCGAUGACUCAUACCAGUAGUAGUGUGAAGACAUCUGUCAUGUUCACCUGGAAAGCACCCUCGGAUUAUGAUGUUUCCCAAGGCGUUCAGUUCCGGGCUACUAUUGUCCAAGUGAAAGCGACCUGGUGGACUAACGUGCUGUCCCAAGAGAUCACCGUCACCACCGCUGCACCCAACUCUACCCCUCAAGCUGCUCCAUUGCUGGCUCUCAUUAUCAGUGUCGUCGUCUCUUCAAUGCUCGCAUAAUUCCAACUGAUUAUGCUGCUUUAAAAGCUUACGACCUACACUAUGCACUACGCUAGUUUAAAGCAAGAAGGAUAAUGAAAUGUUAAGGGCAGAUACCCGUUCUCUUUUAAUCUUAACAUUUUUUUUCUAAUUCACUCCCUAAAACACUUUGGCUUGUAAAAUGACAUUCAGUUUCUUUUGGGAAAACAAAAAUUUACACAUAAACACCAAACAUACAAAAUGAAAUUAUAGCAAUUAUUUCGCAUUAGUAUAUAGACUGGGAAUUUCGUUGAGCUGUGUAAUGCUGCUUUGUACAUUGUUUUUAGUUAUAUCUAGACGUGCCAGUUUAAUGUUUGAGGAAAAUAUAUCUUUCUUAUUAAAAAAAAAGGCAUGGAUUUACUUAGUUUUCAACGUGAGAAACCUACACCUGAAUAUUGAAUUGUUUGUUUUGGGCCAGAUUACAGAUAAAAUUGUCAGUGUCUUACAAUUCUUUUGCAACGUGUUUAUUUUUUUAUAUACAUCACAUUUUUUAAUCAAAGUGAAAUGAAACUGAUUGUGUAGCAAUAUCAAUAAAAGUAUAUAUACAAA